UGCGGUUGCGCGGGCCUCUCAUCCCUCUCAAGAGCCUCUCUCUCGGCAUUUUACCAAUGUCUGUCACGCGAGACCCUUUCCAGCACCCUACGUUGGAUAACGAUGACUCCUACUUGGGAAAACCGCUGGCUUCCAAGAAACUGCCAUAUAAGAACCCAACUCACCUUGCUCAACAGCAGGACCCCUGGCGUCGGCUCAACUCAACACCUACAAUAACCUCCAUGAGGCGGGAUGCUUAUUUUUUUGAUCCUGAGAUACCCAAGGAUGAUCUGGAUUUCCGCUUAUCAGCCUUGUACAACCACCACACGGGGACAUUCAAGAACAAAAGUGAGAUACUGGUACACCAGGAGACCAUCCAGGAUACCCAUGGAAUCAAGAUCCAAUUCCCUGGAGAACUUUUACCCCCUCCCCAACUACCCCACAUCACUUCCCGAGCUAACAUCAGACACUGGAUCAACCCUAAGAAGGAGUCUAUCCAUAGCAUCCAGGGAUCCAUAGUGUCCCCUCACACCGCAGCCACCAAUGGAGGCUAUUCCCGAAAGAAUGAUGGUGGCUUCUUCUCCACCUAAGUGUUGACAGGCCCCUGGACUCACAAACCAUAGUGGAACAUCUUGCCACCCACCUCCAUUAAAUAGACUUGUGUAAGAUGAAGCCUGGAGUGUCUGUUACCCAUGGACUGCUACUUGGCUACUCUUAAAAUAUGGAAGUUGUCUCAACUUUUAGAAACUAGUCCUUUGGGCAUAUUUGCAACUUGGAAAGUCAUCUUGCUGAAAAGAUAUGGAUUUAGGACAGAACAUCACUGUUUUGGGCAGAGAAAGGUAUUCACAUUUUGUAAACUGGAGUCAUUCCAACCAUACAG